AUGCGAUCACCGAAAAGGGGAAUGCCCAGACACAGAUGUGGACGGUUAUUCACUGGUCUUGAUUGGAGUUUGGUAUUUUCCACUCGCAUAGAGAAUACAGGCUUAACAGGAACUGAUAUCGAAAUAUUACUUACUCUUUUUGGCUCGAGGAGGGUGGGCGUCGGCUUGGAGGGUUUUGCGGCGGUGGUCGUUCAGAUUUUUCACGUUUUCUCUUGGCGUCGUCAAGAAUGCUCUUCAUGCCUGCCGAAAUUUCAUUUGUUCUCAAACGUUCGAGUUCGCGACGUAAUUGAUAGACAUCCCGAGGGCGUGAACGGGACGUGUCAGCUUCGCUUGGUUUCAUCCCCUGUUGGGAUGGAUCCUGACUGCUCGCAGCCGAUGUUGUUGGAACAGAACGCGUUGCGGGUCCCGCUCCCGCUGGCGUCCAGAAACUUUUUUCCGAUGUCGUUAUCUUUGAGCCCCGAAUUUUUCCCGAUGGUGAAACAUUCGGCUCAACUUUGGAAGCGGAGAAUUUCUGUGCUGUCCAGUAGGGGAAGUAUGGUUUCGAGCGAGGUGGUUCUUUGA